AUGCACAGAUCACGAGAAGGCUGGCAUUGGACUCCAACCAGCGGGCUCCAAGCUGGUAUACCAUCCGUCGCAGUGGUAGAGCCGUCCCGGAUGAUCCAACAUUCCGAAGUCGUGCUCGAUGUGAUUGUCAUCGGAGCAGGGUAUGCAGGACUUACGGCCGCCAGAGAUACGUCCACUGCCGGGUUGCAGACUCUGUUAUUAGAAGGACGAGACAGACUUGGUGGCCGAACUUGGUCAUCCGAGAUUGAGGGGUACCCUUAUGAAAUGGGAGGCACAUGGGUCCACUGGUUUCAGCCACAUGUAUAUCGCGAACUAUCAAGAUAUGGCAUGAAGGACCAAAUGGUGCAAUCUACCGACUACAGCAAGAAACACAAUUUCUUCACCUUCAAGACAGCAGCAGGAGUCAGGAACAUGAGUCACAAGGAGGAGGACUCACUUUUCGCUCGGGCCGUCGAGAAAUUCGUCAAUGUCGACGGUAACCUCGGGAGGACUGUGAUGCCUUUCCCUUUCAACGCACACUCGAAUGGAGAAGUGUUCAAAUAUGCGAACCUAUCGGUAGCAGACAGAAUUUCCCAAAUCAGCCACGACCUUUCCAGCGACGAGAGGCACGCUGUCGAGGCCUUUGUACUCCUUUGCAGUGGCGGGACGACGGAAAACUCGGCAUUUCUUGAUUUCCUCCGCUGGUGGGCGGCUGCCAACUACGAUUACAAAACGCUUCUGGACACCAUCAUCGUCUACAAGCUCAAAUGCGGCCAAUCUGGCUUUGCCAAGCGCUUCUUCGACGAGUCAGUGGCAAGCGGCAAUCUAUCCUAUUCUUUCAACACCGCUGUUGCUAGGAUUGACUCAUCAAAGCGCCCGGUAGAAGUCUGGACAAAGGAUGGCCGACAUUUCUCAGCUACUAGGGUUAUCUGCACUGCGCCACUGAAUGUACUCGGGAACAUCGGGUUCAAUCCUCCUUUGGAUCAAGCGAAGCGCGAGGCUAUCGCACUGAAGCAUGUGAAUCAGUGUGUCAAGGUCCACGCGGACAUUAAAGACCCAGAACUGAGAUCUUGGAGCGGUGUUACCUACCCUCAUAACAAACUCGUCAUUGCAGUGGCGGACGGCACAACCGCCGCAGGAAAAACCCAUUGCGUCUUUUUCGGAGGCGAUGUGAACCAUAUGCAUGCCGAUGAAGACAUCAAUCAGACCCUUCAGGCUAUCAGAGAGUUUGGGCCUAUGGAAAUUGACCGCGUCCGACGCAUCAAGUGCGAUCAAUCCCGUCCAAAGUGUAAUAAAUGCCUGCGCAAGGGCCUUGACUGUCCCGGUUAUGGAAUCCGAUAUAGGUUCAAUGAUGGUAUAGCUUCCCGUGGUCGAUUUACGGGCCGCGCAGUCCCGAUCGACCAGGUUGAAAGUGUUUCAGAGCGACCAGAGCAAAAAACAACGCCCUUUCUAUUAUGGCCAGAUGGCUCGACAACUUCAACUCUACACCGAUUCAGUCCAGCCUCAACAUCUCGCGACUUUGAGGACAACGAGCUGACUUCAGACGGAGACCAUAGCUUGCCAACGUUCCCUGUUGACACUUCAGGCGGAGAGGAGGCACCGAGGGCACUUCCGGUCGCGGGGACAUUUACCCGGUACUCGGCAGAAUCGACAUUUGAACCCACAGCCUGCCUCCUGUCCGACUCCAUACAUCGUGAUGGAGUCUGCCAUAAUGAGGUUCCAAAAGCCCUCCAGCCGAUGGGGGCGCAAUAUCGAGAAUUAUUUGCUCACUUUUCUUCAACAAUUGCCCCAGUGAUGGUGGUCUUGGACGGCAAGUUUAACGGUUACCGUGAUCUCAUACUUCCAAUCGCCUUUGAAGAUCAACUUGUCAGAUCUGCUGUAUGUGUUGUCGCCAUGCACCACCUCGCUCAUCAACGGCCGGGUUUGCAGUCUCGUGCUGAAGCCGGAUUUCAAGCCAUUAUAUCAGAGCUUCGCUUGCGCACAUCUACUCAGCUCGAUCUCGUCGACAUCUUCGCUUGGACCACGAUAAUCAUUCUGUUGACAGGCGAAACAAUCACGGGUGGUACCAACCUCCCCUACCUGUUCAAGAUACUUCAGCACCUCGCGGCCGCGAAUGCGAGAGACGGCCGAGAGAGCGUGAUGCACUCAUUCCUGAUGGAACAGACUCGUAUGAUGACUCUCUUUGCCCAACCUCUCCUAGGAGAAAGCGCCGGCACUUUGACUCUGAGCGCACGACCUGCUGCGUACUUUGAUUUCAUUUCCAACGCAGCCAUUUUCCACCCUACGCUUGCGCCUCAGAUCGGGGUUUACAAGGCCGCCAUACAUAUGGCCUGCAAUAUAUACUUGAAACGGGUCACAAGCGGCCCGCCUCAUUAUGAGACUGUCGUGGAUCUCGAACGCCUCAAGAGCCUAUGUGAGCAAAUCCAUCCUGCUACACCAGGGCAUCAUACGCUCGUUUGGGUAUACUUCAUUGCUGCUGCGGAAAGCUCGACACUAGAACAUCGCGAGUUCUUUACAAUGCGACUUCAAGAAGUAUUUUCGCGCACCAGAUUUCAUAAUAUCCCGACUGCGCUGGCAGCCUUGCAGGAGUUUUGGAAAGUCCAAUCAGAGAGAAGGUGGACCGAGAUUCUACCAGAGAUUAUGCCGGUCUUCAUCAUUUGA